AUGGCCACACAGUUGCAAACUCCUAUGAGAACCAUGUUGGCCCCUCCUACUGCUCCUACUACUCUUGCUACUUCGGCUGUCCCGAAUGCACAAGCUACCCCUGCAGCUCGUGUUCCACCAAUGGGUCAUCUUAUCCCUGAUGCCCCUACAAAUGAUGCCACUGGCCGCUUAAUGGAAAGAUUCUUAAAGAUCCAACCCCUUACUUUUGCUGGAAUCUCUAAGGAUUCCCUUCUACCAGUUAAGUGGGUUAAAGAAAUGGAGAAAGCCUUUGACUUCUUAGGCUGCAAUGAAGAACAGAAGAUUUCUUGUGUAAGAUAUAAGCUUCAGCAAAAAGCAGAAGCCUGGUGGCAGAUCACCAAGCCCAUUUUGGCUACUGCCCACCCUGUUCUAACCUGGGAAAUCUUCAAGGAAGCCUUCUUUGGCAACUAUUUCCCUACUAGUACGAGAAAGAAGAAAGAAGUUCAACUCAUGGAGUUAAUUCAGGGACUCAAAUCAGUGUUAGAAUAUCAACAGAAGUUCAAAGAACUCUUUUUCUUCGCCCCUCCCCACUUGAAUACUGAUGAGGCUAAAGCACUGAAAUUUGAAGAUGGAUUGAGGCCAUCCCUUGCCACAGUAAUGAUCACACAUAAGGCUCAGGGUUACUCAGAAGUUGUACAACUAGCAAAGAGGAUUGAAGACAAACAGAGAGACACCUAUUUGACCAAUUUGGGGUCUGGCAAGAGAUCAGUACCCUUUGCAGACAGGGAAUACUGUAAAAUUCUUAAGCUAGUCUACCACAGCUCGGCCUCUUCUCAGCCUCAAAGGGGGGCUACAGAAUCAUUAACUCCCAAGCCAAUGUAUGCAAAUCCCAACAUCAAGGCUAUAGAAGCUCCGACAAAUGUGGCCAGCCAAGAAGCUAAGUGCUAUAACUGUGGUCAAGCAGGCCACUAUUCAAGAACCUGUACCAAUUGGAGACCCUCACUACCUCGUCGACAACAAGGCAAUGAGCCUCAAGGUCGAGGUUAUUCUGUCUCCGCUGGGGAAGCUGAGGCAAGUCAGACUGUAGUUAUAGCAUAUACACUAUUUGACACCGGAGCCACGCACUCCUUUGUGUCUUCGUCUUUUAUGAAGAGAAUGGGGAUUACACCUAAGAGUCUAGCAAGUGGCUUAGCGCUUAGCACACCCAUAGGAUUGACAAUAGAACUAGACAUAGUGUAUGAACCAUGUCCUAUAAGAAUUGCUGCCCGAGAAAUGAUAACACAUCUAAUCCAACUUGAUAUGACUGACUUUGAUGUCAUAUUGGGUAUGGAUUGGUUGGCAGCAUACAAACCCAAUGUGCUUUGUGCAAAAAAGAAGAUUGUAUUCCAACCCAGAGGAGAACAAGGAUUUAUAUUUGUGGGAGACAAGAAGAAACAGUCAACAAAGACAGUCAUCUCGGCACUUCAAAUGAAGAAAUUGCUUAGCAAAGGUUGUCAGGGAUACUUUAUCUCGGUGAUGGAUACAGAGACCAAGGUUAGGCCUAUGUCAAAAAUUCCUAUUGUAAGGGAGUUUCCUGAUGUAUUCCCUGACGAUUUGACAAGUCCACCUUCGGCAAGGGAGACAGAGUUUAUAGUUGAUUUGCUUCCUGGAGCAGCACCAGUGUCCAAGGCAUCAUACAGAAUGGCGCCAAGAGAAUUGAAGGAAUUGCAAGCUCAACUACAGGACUUGCUAAAAAAGGGGUUUGUAAAACCAAGUGUCUCACCUUGGGGUGCAACGGUAUUAUUUGUGAAGAAGAAAGGCGGGAGCAUGUGUAUGUGA